AUGUCGCGGAUCGAGGAGCUCCCAGAUGACUUCGAUGAGUCGCUCAAUCUCAACGAGGCGCCUCCCCGGGUCGCUCAGGAUCUGCCGCAGCCUGGCUUCGACGCCUUCGCCGCAACCAACGAAGCGCCGUUCCCGAUCAACGAAGAGAGAUUGAAGGAGCUCAUCAAUGACCCUAAUGCUCCUGGUAUGCCCCCGGCCAUGGCGUCGGUUAAGUCGCACUCCAAGGAGGAAUUGCUGGAUAUGAUGAACAAGACCCCGCUUUUCAUGACGGACAUUGAGAAUGCGGGUGAUGAAAAGGGCGAAAAUGUUCUUCUGGAUGCACUUCAAGCUCUGCAAAACGAGGGUACUCGAGGCGAGGUCGCUCAAAGUUUUAAGGAACAAGGCAAUGAAGCUGUGCAGGAAAAGCGCUGGAUCGAUGCCAAGGAGAUGUACACCAAGAGUAUUGCUGUGAUCUACGCCAAGGAGGACAAAUGGGACAAGCCUGAAGAUCCCAAGGCAGAAGAGAAACUUCUGCGCCAGAUGGAGGAAUUAUCGCACAUCAACCGGGCCCUGUGCAACCUUGAGCUUGGUAACUACCGGUCUUGCACCCUUGACUGUGCCGCUGUUAUCAAGCUCAACCCGAAAAACGUCAAGGCUUACUACCGCUCAGCAAUGGCUCUGCUCAAGCUGGACAGGGUCGCGGAGGCCGAAGACGCUACCUCGCGAGGCCUGAUCAUUGAUUCUUCAAAUAAAGCGCUCCAAACCGCUGCUUCCAAGAUUGCCGAUCGCAAGGCCCAAGUGGAGCAUGUCGCUGCCAAACGCAAGGCCGAAGAGGAUCUUGCGCGCAAGCAGAACCUCGUCCUGAGCACCGCUCUGCGUGCCCGCCAGAUCCGGACCCGCAAGACCGAUCAGCCUCCAGACAUGGAAGAUACCAGGAUACGUCUGGUUCCUGACCCGCUCUCGCCUGAGAGUUCGGUUGAAUUCCCAGCCGUCUUCCUGUAUCCGAUGGAUGCUCAAUCUGAUUUCAUCAAGGGUUUCUCUGAGCUGCAUUCAAUUGUGGAUCACCUGGAGUAUAUUUUCCCACUUCCAUGGGACACUAAGAAAGAGUACACGAUCAACAAUGUCGAGUGCUUCAUGCAAACCGUCACCGGCGGUCUCAUCAAGGCUGGAAAGAAGCUACCCUUGUUGCAGAUUCUUUCUGGUGGCAAAGUUGAAAUUGUCGAUGAGCUGGUCAGAAUCUUUAUUGUGCCGCUUUCCAAGACUGGUGCUUUUAUCGCCGAGAUGAAGGCCCGUAAGGAAGGUUGA